AUUGUUAUUAUUCAAUAUGAUCAAUCGAUUCUCUGUUUGUUAUCUUCGAAAGCACUGAACGGAUUCUUUAGAUCGAGAAAGCUCUCUCCGGUAUUUAGACUGAGCUUCUAAAAGUCUAAAUAUCGAAUGUUACAUUUUUAUUAAUAUUAACAUUAGAAACUAUGAUACGAUUUCAUUCUUGACUAAACGUAACGGCAAUAGUGAAACCUACUAAUAAAAGUAAGAUCCCGGGUUCGAUUCCCGGAGAGUCAAAAUAGUUUCGGGUCUCGCAACGCGAGCAACGCUCCAAAGAAAGAGAUGCACGUACGUCACCCCGAGUCCGACGCAGAUGGGGCGUGGCGUCCGACAGCCGUGCUCCAUGAGCUGCGGCCGCGGGGCCGUGCCCUCGUUGGCCUGCGCCGCCUGCCUCUGCCUCUACCACCCCGCCUGUCUGGGGCUGACGCACGCGCCGCCGCAUCCCUUCUUUUGCAAGAACUGUGACUCUUCGUCGCCCCGGGAUCCCCCGUCGUUGGUCCACAAAUCUGGGGUGACGACCGCGUCCGGUCUUCAAGCUCCCGUCCCCGUCCCGGCUUCGGUCGAUCAGGCGGCCGACUCGGUGCCGGUCCCGAGGCUCGUCCCGGCUCCUAAGACUCAGAAGAACGACAAGCGCGUGCUGCUGCGGAUGAAGAUGUCCGGCGGCGCGGACGGCCAGAGAGUGUGGGCGGUGUCCCCGAGCGCGACUUCCGCCUCGACACAGGCCGGCCCCGCCCCUUCGGCCCCGCCGGCCCAGGCGCUGCCCCAAACCCCGAACACCUCGUCCGCUACGCUCCAGAGACACGCGUUGCCGCAGUCGUUGGCCGUCAUCAACGGCCGACGCUUUAUAGUCGUUUCGCGCGGACUACCGAACUAACUUCAAUAAAUAAAAUAAAAAUAAAAUAAACUUCAAUUUUACUCAAAUUUUAACGUUCCGAAGAUUCGCGCUUUGCUUUGUUUAGAAUGGCGUAACGAGGGAUAGGGCUUAAUCUCAAAUGGCUUUUGAGCAGUUUUACGUUUCCGCAAAUUCGACCCGUUCCUUGUCGACAUUUUACGUUUUACGUUGAUAUUAUACUAGUAUUAAGAGCCGGAGGAAACCGAAUAAAGAAUUGAAAAUCACACACGGGUUUUCCUACCUCGACCGAUCUGUUCGAUAAGGUGAGUCCGCUUCGGAGCCGUGAACCACUCGAUUCGUCAUUUUACUUUACGAUUGACACGAAAUCGUACUCUAUCGUAUGCACCGUCGCUUUUCCGAUUCGAUCGAGCGUCAAUUUAUUGUAUCAAUCGUCGAUU